AUGUUGUCGAAUCUGGGUCGAUACGGAGAACCAACUGCUUUUUCAGUUGACCCUUACUCUGAUGCAUACAAUGCACCAGCACCCGCUACUGCUCAUCAGAAACCAGAGACCGGGACGCCGCCCCACCAUGCGAUCAUUCUCCGCAGGUCUCCACCUCCUGAGAAGCCAACAUGCUCCAAUUGUAUGCUCCACAUGUUCUUCUCAUGGUUUGCGAAGCGCUUAUGGGGCAAGGAAGGUUCCCAAUCCUCAAGUUUUGGGGUCUUCGGAUUAAGUAUUAGGACACAAGAGCGGGAUUUGGACGAGUUCCCUCGCUUUGGAAGAGUCGAAAAAUCACAAUUGUUUACGACCAGAGGUGCUGAAGAGGCUACUCGCUGCAUUCAGCAACUUAAUGGAGUCGAACCGAACGGGCGUCGCACUCGGGUUGACUAUUCUGUCACUGACAGAUCGCCGCACCAAUCCCUGGCAAAUAUAUGGGACAUCGUUGCUCGAUUGGGGACACCUAUUCAGGCUCAGGUCACGACUCUUACUACCGUGACUCAUAUGGUGACUGCGAUUACCGUCGUUCCGAACGCGAUAAGGAUAGGGACCCCUACGGUCGUGACAGCCAUGAUUGGCGCGAUCAUCGCAGUCCUCGUCGUUACUCACCUGAUUACAGGAGCGCGGGAGCUACUCCAGGAGUCCUCCUAG